AUGCCAAGAGGUGAAGACAGAGGAAGUCAUGGACUUCAAAGCUGUGCCAAAGAUGCGACAACGAUUGUGUUGAACGGUAAAGGACAACUCGUACGAUGGAUCAAAGAGAAGUCUCUGGGCAUUUCUCGGGUAACUCUUCGUGAGACCAUGCGAGGCUAUCAAGGUACUACCUACCUCAUCGAUCCCGGCGCCGAUUUGCAAGAUAUAAAGCUGGAUCGCAACAUACCUCUGACUCUUUACUCACAAGGCGAGCUCCUCAAAGUCUAUUGCAACGAAGGACGCCUCAAAAUGGCUCGCUCUCUGCACGCAGUCAGCCAUUUCUUGGUGACAGCACUAGCCAUCAUCCCAUUCGCCUUCGCAGACCUCACCACCACCAUCGACCCUUCUUCCAACUGGGGAACCUGGGAAGGAUGGGGUACGUCCCUAGCCUGGUGGGCAGCAGCCUUCGGCACGCGUGACGACCUCGCCGACAUCUUCUUCACGACCCAAACCACGACCCUCAACGGAGUCUCCCUGCCCGGGCUCGGCUUCAACAUCGCGCGCUACAACGCCGGCGCGAGCAGCUGGAACAGCAUCAACGGCACCAGCAUGGUGGUCUCGCCCAAGAUGAUUCCCUCGCGCCAGAUCGAAGCGCGCUCGCGCGGCACCAACAUCCUCGAGCUCUUCUCCAACUCGCCCAUGUGGUGGAUGUGCAAGAACCACAACCCGUCCGGCUCCGACGGCGGCAGCUCCGACAACCUGCAGUCGUGGAACUACCAGAGCCACGCCGUCUACAUGGCCACCGUAGCCAAGUACUUCACCGACCACUGGUCCACCACGUUUUCUUCCGUUGACCCCUUCAACGAGCCCAGUGCGACCUGGUGGAACGGCAAGACCGGCACCCAGGAAGGGUGUCACUUUGACAUGUCCACCCAGGCCACCGUCCUCAACCACCUGCGCACCGAGCUCGACUCGCGCGGGUUGUCGUCGACCGUCAUCUCCGCUUCGGACGAGAGCUACUACGACGACGCCGCAAAGACCCUCCAAAACCUCGGCUCGACCGCGCUCGCCAAGAUCGCCCGCGUCAACGUCCACGGCUACCAGUACGGCUCCGGGCGGCGCGACUCCGUCCGCAGCCUGGCGACGCAGUACAGCAAGAAGCUCUGGCAGAGCGAGUACGGCGAGGGCGACGCGACCGGCCACGACCUAGCCAGCAACUUGCUCCUGGACCUGCGCUGGCUGCGGCCGACGGCGUGGGUGUACUGGCAGGUGCUCGACGGCGGCGGAUGGGGCUUGGUCGACGCCGACAACGAUAAGAAGACGGUCGGCCAGCCGACGCAGAAGUACUUUGUGCUGGCGCAGUUUACUAGGCAUGUGAAGCCGGGGAUGCGCAUCCUGGAUGCCGGGAGCGAUUACGCGACGGCGGCGUAUGAUGCGGCGACCAAGAAGUUGGUCAUUGUCGCGGUCAAUUGGGGGAGUGCCCAGUAUCUCAAUUUUGAUAUGUCCAAGUUCAAGACGCCGGGAGUGAAUGGCGCGGUGGUGAAGAGGUGGGCGACGCAGAUUGGCGCGUCGACGGGGAAGAGCGGCACAAGGUUUUGGUCGUAUUUUGAGAAGGAGAUGGUGCAGACUGUUGAGGUUGAGGGUGUUGUUUUGUAG